CGGGAUCUUCAAUGGCAGGAGAAAGAGCAACCAGAAGACCGAGAUGAAUUUUAACACUAUCCUAGAAGAGAUUCUUAUUAAAAGGUCCCAGCAGAAAAAGAAGACAUCACCCUUAAACUACAAAGAGAGACUUUUUGUACUUACAAAAUCCGUGUUAACCUACUAUGAGGGUCGAGCGGAGAAAAAAUACAGAAAGGGAUUCAUUGAUAUUUCAAAAAUCAAGUGUGUGGAGAUAGUGAAGAACGACGAUGGGAUCAUUCCCUGUCAAAAUAAAUUUCCAUUCCAGGUUGUUCACGAUGCUAACACACUUUAUAUUUUUGCACCUAGUCCACAAAGCAGGGACCGGUGGGUGAAGAAGUUAAAAGAAGAAAUAAAGAACAACAAUAAUAUCAUGAUUAAAUAUCAUCCUAAAUUUUGGGCAGACGGAAGUUACCAGUGCUGUAGACAAACGGAAAAACUGGCGCCCGGAUGUGAAAAGUACAAUCUUUUUGAGAGUAGUAUAAGAAAGACCCUGCCUCCCGCACCGGAAAUAAAGAAAAGAAGGCCUCCUCCACCAAUCCCCCCAGAAGAAGAAAAUACGGAAGAAAUAGUUGUAGCGAUGUAUGAUUUCCAAGCAACAGAAGCACAUGACCUCAGGUUAGAGAGAGGCCAAGAGUAUAUCAUCCUGGAAAAGAAUGACAUCCAUUGGUGGAGAGCAAGAGAUAAGUAUGGGAGUGAAGGAUAUAUCCCAAGUAAUUAUGUCACAGGAAAGAAGUCCAACAACUUAGAUCAAUAUGAGUGGUAUUGCCGAAACACCAACAGGAGCAAAGCAGAGCAGCUCCUCCGGACAGAAGACAAGGAAGGGGGUUUUAUGGUGAGAGACUCCAGUCAACCAGGCCUGUACACAGUCUCCCUUUACACAAAGUUCGGGGGAGAAGGCUCAUCAGGCUUCAGGCAUUAUCACAUAAAGGAAACAGCAACAUCCCCAAAGAAGUAUUACCUGGCAGAAAAGCAUGCUUUUGGGUCCAUUCCUGAGAUCAUUGAGUAUCACAAGCACAACGCAGCAGGACUUGUCACCAGGCUGAGGUACCCGGUUAGUACAAAGGGGAAGAACGCGCCCACUACUGCUGGCUUCAGCUAUGAUAAGUGGGAGAUUAACCCCUCAGAGCUGACCUUUAUGAGGGAGUUGGGGAGUGGACUCUUUGGAGUGGUGAGGCUUGGCAAGUGGCGGGCCCAGUACAAAGUAGCCAUCAAAGCUAUCCGGGAAGGCGCCAUGUGUGAAGAGGAUUUCAUAGAGGAAGCUAAAGUCAUGAUGAAGCUGACACACCCCAAGCUGGUACAGCUCUACGGCGUGUGUACCCAGCAGAAGCCCAUUUACAUCGUCACCGAGUUCAUGGAGCGGGGCUGCCUUCUGAAUUUCCUCCGGCAGAGACAAGGCCAUUUCAGCAGAGAUGUCCUGCUGAGCAUGUGCCAGGACGUGUGUGAGGGGAUGGAGUACCUGGAGAGAAACAGCUUCAUCCACAGGGACUUGGCUGCUAGAAAUUGUCUAGUGAAUGAAGCAGGAGUUGUCAAAGUAUCUGAUUUCGGAAUGGCCAGGUACGUCCUGGACGAUCAGUACACAAGUUCCUCUGGUGCCAAGUUCCCUGUGAAGUGGUGUCCCCCGGAAGUGUUUAAUUACAGCCGCUUUAGCAGCAAGUCAGACGUCUGGUCAUUCGGUGUGCUAAUGUGGGAGAUAUUCACAGAAGGCAGGAUGCCCUUUGAGAAGAACACCAAUUACGAAGUGGUAACCAUGGUUACUCGAGGUCACCGACUUCCCCGGCCAAAGUUGGCUUCCAAAUAUUUGUAUGAGGUGAUGCUGAGGUGCUGGCAAGAGAGACCAGAGGGAAGGCCUUCGUUUGAAGACUUGCUACGUACGAUCGAUGAACUAGUCGAAUGCGAAGAAACUUUUGGAAGAUAAAUGGCGGCCCCAGUUUCCAAGGCAAGAGGAAGAAACCAUGUACCGUUGGAACGAGACUCCCUUGGUGCUUGGGAAUAGAGACUGCUCUGCUCACAGUGUGGAAACUCGAAAGCGUCCGCUUCUGAUCCAGCCUCAGCUCCGUGGCUGCUUUGCAGGAUGCACAGAUGGUCUCUUAGAGCUGGGGACUUGAAGCACUCAUUUUGCUCAUCCCUUCAAGAGUUUGAGCGCCAGCCAUGCACCAGGCACUGUGCCCAGGCCUCGGGAGAUGAGCAUGGGUCUGUGCUAGCUGGCGCUAGUAGAAAGCCAGGGUGUUCGAGAUGAGAAGAAGCCGUGCCCCAACAUUCUUCUGUGCCCUUGGGCUUCUAAUAAAAUGGGCCUGGGGUGUUGUCUACCGCCGAGUUCUAGGUAAAGCAGGAACCCACCUCGACAAGUAGUAAUCCCCUGUUUUGAAAACAUCUCUUUCCAAACCUGUUCUUAGUAGUACGUUUAAAAAUUUGUAUACUGUAUAUAUUGUAAAUGCAUAUAAUAUAUAAAGUUAUAUAUUUAUAAGUAACAUGAGUUUAUCUCUUUAGCUGAAAA